AUGAGGCCAACGCUCGGACGCUCAGGGCGAUGGUCAAGCAGCCCGACAACAAGAGCUGCGUGGACUGCAAGAAGAACGGUACGUCCUUCUCGGCUUCUGAAAGGCCCAUUGAUUCGUGCUUUUGGCUGAUCGAAGCAACGGUCCUUCAUGCGCUCGACCUGAAGAUCCGCGAUGGGCAUCUUGGAAUUUGUGCGUCGUACAGUCCUAGACGCACUAGGAGGGCGCGGCUACCCUUGGUCGCGUUGCGCACCAGCUCAUCCAAGAUCUGCAUCAUACAUCCACAGAGGCUGCUUUCUGUGCAUCCGAUGCUCAGGCAUUCAUCGCAGCAUGGGAACGCACAUCUCAAAAGGUGAGCAGCGGGCAAGUCCUCACCUGACAAUCGAACGAGCCGGAUUGCCCACUCUGUGCACUCAUCUCGCCAAACCAGUCAAAUCCAUCGACCUGGAUAUCUGGACGCCGGAACAGAUGGCCUCGAUCCAGAAGUGGGGUAAUAAACGAGCGAAUGCAUACUGGGAAGCGCAUUUGAAGGCUGGCCACGUGCCUCCUGAUCACAAAAUUGAGAGCUUUAUCAGAAGCAAGGUGAGCACGCUCGAUGCUCGACUAGUCGUCACACUGCCAUGCGGAAGCACGGCGGCUUACCACAGCUCUGGCCUUCUCCAGUACGAGACACGGAGAUGGGCUAAAGAAGGAGCACCCCCCUCCGACCCUAGUGUGCUUGAUGAAGGUGGUGCUGCACCAGCCUCAGCGCCGGUGAGUCUUUUGUGGCAGUCCACCCAUAUCCGAGGCUUCUGCCGGAGAACACAGACUAAUGAUGAUACCGAUGCAAAUGGUCAGGCUACUGCCCCCGCUGCUGGCUCUAGCACGUCGCCCAAACCCGCGAGAGCGGCACCGGGACCGGCUAUCGAUCUGCUGUCUGACCCAGCCGAAGUACCUGCGGCUGCCCCUCGUGCGGCAUCAACCCCCGCGCCUGUCUCUGCGAGUGCCGCGCAGCCAGCGCCUGCACCGCCAAAGCCAGCAACGGGAGGUGGCGGCGGUCUUUUCGAUCUGGAUUGGAGUGACUCUGCUGCUACGUCGACGACCAGCCCCACCUCACCCACAGUCGGUGGUGCUAGGGGCAAGAGUGAUAUUCUGUCCCUCUUCGCUCAGAAACCUCCCGUAGCGACAUCUCCGCCGGUACAGAACGCGGGCAAUCAGUCGGCAUUCGGAGGAUUGGAUGCGUUUGGAGGUUUGUCGAUGGGGGGCACGCCCGCACCUGCCCCUGCUGCCGGCGCGUCAAAUCCGUGGGCUUCACCUCCCGCCGCUGCACAGUCCAACAACACCUUUGGCUCCAGUAGCAACGACAUUUGGGGCAGCACUGUAAGCAGCAAUAGCACUGCUGCGCCAUCUACAAGCGGAGCUGCGGCACAAAAGAAGGACGCAUUCUCAGACAUCUGGGGUGACUUCAAGUAG